AUGUCCUGCUUUCAGUUAGAUUCUGAGUGCACAUACGAGGAAUUUAGAAAAACAAUAUUUCAUCAUGCAGACGUUUUUUCUGUUCCGGAUCGUUCGCCUGCAGAGCACUUACGUGUGUGCAAAGAGGUUAACGAACAGGCGAAUAGGGAGAUGAAAGCUGGAGCCUUUGAUAUUGCUUUCUUCUAUUUUCUCAGAUGUAUUUUGAUUAUUGAAAAGGCCAAGCUAGACAAGCAAUCGAGUGAUGUAAAGCAACAACUGAAAAAAUCCCUAAACUCUAUCGAAAAGCUGGACAAACAUGAGUUGGUGCAAUGUCAUGCACAAAUGAUACAAAGGAUCAGGCAGCGCGAGGAAGAAAGAAAACGUAUUGUUGAACAGCAGCUUCUUCCCGAUGAAGCUGAGCCAGAAUCAUUGGAGGAUAAACAUGCUAGACGACAACAGGAACUUUUGAUGAAAGAGAAAACUGUGGUUGAUGACGUACUGAAAAGGCUAAAAGAUACAAAAAUAGAUGUACCAUUUUCUAAAAAGCAGAAAACCAUUGAACCUUAUUGGUCCGAUUCUCAUAAUGAACUGGUUACGGUUCCCAAUAAUCACAUAGCUCCCCCUAGAAAGAUAUCAAAUGUAUCACCUAACGCCUAUCUUGUUUGGAAAUUUAAUUCCGGUUCUUUUUCUGUCUCUAGUCCUAGACGGGGAAUGGUAAAUCUGGGAAACACUUGCUAUAUAAACAGUGUUACUCAAAUGCUUUCUGUGACACCGUUGGGGGCAUAUUUUCUUAGAGAUGAUUACGCGAAGGACAUUGUCAACGCUCCUAAGGGAGAACUAAGGCUUGUGAAUUCCUUCAGUUAUGUGCUGCGUGAACUACGUCGAACUGAUGCUUCUACUCCUGUUAGUACAUCGUAUUUUAAGGAUUCUAUUGAUGCCCUUUAUAGCUCAUUUCAAGGUUACUCACAGCAAGAUGCAAAUGAGUUUCUUCGGGUUUUAUUGGAUAAUAUUCAUAACGGUUUGAAUGAUAGGAAAAAGAUCGUUCAUGAAGUUUCUGAUGCGGAUACAACAAAGGGGAGUGACAUGGAGAUAUCGGAACGCAACUGGUAUGAUUAUAAAAAUCAAAAUAAUUCGGUGAUUGUAAACGAAUGUGCGUUUCAAGAGAGAAGUUCGCUUUUAUGCCCUUUGUGUCAUCAAAUUAGUAGAUCGUUUACUCCCUCAUUAGGGUUGGAAGUCCCCAUUCCUUUUUUUGAGGGUCAGGUAAGCAUUGAGGAUUGUUUAAAAGCAUAUUGCAAGGAGGAAAUUCUUGAUGGAGACUCACUAUAUUCAUGUCCUUCCUGCAAAAAACAAGUUCAUGCUUCAAAGCAACUUUUGUUAUAUUCAUUACCUAGGAUUUUGUUUUUGACAAUUAAACGUUUUCGUCAUUAUGGUGAUUUUUCAAACAAAAUUGAAAUACCUGUGGUUUUUCAGAAGAAAUUAAAUAUGUCUUCUUUUAUGUGUUUUCCUGUGAAAAAUAUGAUUUACACUCUUGUGGGAAUCGUUAAUCAUCGUGGAAAUAUACAUGGAGGACAUUAUACAGCGGACUGUCUUGGUGCUGAUGGUGUCUGGUAUUCACUCAGUGAUGAAAGUGUCUCUGAGGCCGAAGAGCCAAACUACCGACUGGCGUAUAUAUUGUGUUAUGUACGCAAUGGUUGA